GGACGUAUGAAAUGAACUCGUGAAAUUCUUCGAAAUCAGACAGUGAAAAGAAAUGAACAGAGAAAAGUACAUCGUUUCAGGAUAUAAAAGUUGCUGCAUUCAGUAAUAACCCAAUAAUGAAGCACACGAAUGAAAAUAUGAUUCGAUGUCACUAUUAUCUAAUCGAGAUCAAAAAGUACCUCCCUUUAUCAAUUUUAUCAUUGGCGGUGUGUCCGGUGCUAUAGGGCAAAGCGCAACGCACCCUUUAGACGUAAUUAAAGUACGAAUGCAGCUUUCGAAAGCUUCGUUUGGUGAAACGUUACGAGAAAUUUUACAUGGAGUCGGGAUACGUGGAUUUUACGUUGGCUGGACAGCUGGGCUUCUUCGACAACUCAUUUACAGCACUGCUAGGCUUGGAAUGUACACUACUUUGUACGAUAUGAGUCAGCAACAGUUUGGACGCUUAAAUUAUCCUACGAUGAUUAGCAUUGGAAUGAUAUCUGGUCUCGUCGGUUCAUUCAUUUCAACUCCUACUGAUUUGGUCUUAGUUCGUAUGAUAGCUGAUGUGAAAUUACCUCCUGCGAAGCGAUGGAAUUAUAGAAAUGGCUUCGCCGGAUUAAUUGGCAUUGCGAAGAGGGACGGUGUACGUGCAUUGUGGCGAGGAGCUACGCCAACUAUGAUCAGAGGAGCUGUAGUCAAUGGCACACAAUUGGGUACAUAUAGCUGGGCAAAGAUAAUGUUGAAAGAUACAGGUUAUUUUGAAGAGGGUGUUUCAUUGCAAUUUUAUUCUGCUAUGUUAUCUGGUCUGUUGACGACUUCAACUUCACUUCCUAUGGACGUGGCUAAAACUAGAAUACAAAAUUGGAAUUUACCAACAAAGCCACCGGGGCUUUUCGGCAUGAUGUACGAUAUAAUGCGAAAAGAUGGAAUAAUUUCACUGUGGCGAGGAUUUAUACCGUACUAUACUAGAUCUGCGCCGAAUACUAUACUUACAAUGAUAUUUGUCGAUCAGUUUCAUCGUAUGUAUAAGAAACUCUUUGUACCGCCUGAAGAAUGA